AUGGCGGCUGCAGCCGACGUAUGCCCUGCUCCAGGACCAUCUCCGGCUUUUCAGCGGUCAGUGUUUUAUUACAAGAAGAUUGCCUGUGACUGCGACCCGGUGGGGGUCUCUCAGCCCCAGUGUGACAGAUCUUCUGGGCAGUGUGUUUGUGUGGAGGGAGUGACUGGACCGAGGUGUGACCUUUGCGCUCGUGGAUACUCUGGUACUUUCCCCGACUGUCACCGCUGUCAUCAGUGCUUUGGCCAAUGGGACGCCAUCGUGGAGCAGCUGACCAAUCAGACGCAGCGCCUCGUGGGGAAGGUGCGCUCCCUUAAGCAGAGCGGGUCUCCAAGCGGGUCGUACCUCCUCAGUCUGGAGCAGAGCGCUGAGGCGGUCAGGAGCAUCCUCAGCACCAGCCCUGUGUCUGAGCCUCUGGGAGAGCUACAGGAGCUACUGCAGCAGGCUAGUGAGCUGAUGCAGUCCCUCACAGAGACCCUGAAUUCUACUGAAGCAGCUUUAAUGCCGACAUCUGAAGAGGAGCAAGAGGUCCACAGCCGUCUGGACUCCCUGAACUCUGACUCAAACAAACUUCAGCGAACUGUGGAAGAGCUGCUGCAGCAGGUGGAGAUCAUCAGGAACUCAGACAUCAGAGGAGCCACAGUCUCUGUGAAUAAGUACUUCCGUCAGUCCCAGGCGUCUGAAGGCCGUGUGAAUGCCUCCACUCUGGACCAGAACAGCACCGUGCAGAACUCAGUGAGACUGCGGCAGCUGACGGAGGUCACACUGAACUCCACGGCUCUGGACUUCCUCCAGAAGCAGACUGAACGUGCUCAGAAGCUGGACGACCUCGCCGGCGACAUGCACCACCUGGACGUGUCAGAACUCAGCCUCCAGAUGUGUGGCAGUGCGGUGUCCCAGGAGGCCUGCUCCUCCUCCUCCUGUGGAGGUCUGGGGUGUGUGGAUCCUGAGGGGAGACUGUGUGGAGGAGAGAACUGUGGAGGUUUCCUCACCACAGCCAAGAACAUCUGGACCAGAGCACAGGACUCUGAGCAGGAGAUCCUCCGAGCCAUGGAGGAGGUGGAGGAGCUGUCCAAGAGGGUUGCGGAGGUGAAAGUGAAGUCUGACGAGGUCAGAGGUCGGACUCUGGACGUUCUGCUCAAAACCAACAACACAAAACUUCGAGUUGAUCAGAGCAACGAAGACCUACGAGAACUCAUCAGACAGAUACGAGACUUCCUCACCCAGGAUUCGGCUGACCUGGAGAGCAUCGAGAUGGUGUCUAACGAGGUCCUCCAGAUGCAGAUGCCUCUGAGGCCUGAGCAGCUGCAGAACCUGACGGAGGAGAUCCGGCUGAAGGUGGAGGAGCUGGGGAGUGUGAGGCACCUCCUGCAGGAGAGCACUGAGGAGAUCCUGAGAGCAGAGGGUCUGCUGAAGCAGGCGCGCCAAGCCAGCUUGGAGGCCUUGCAGGUGAAGGACUCUGCAGAGAAAGUGAAGGAGGUUCUGGACGCGGCACAGGACGCUCAAAGUGCGGCCUCCAGCGCCAUCUCGCAAACCACAGAGAACAUCGAGAGGACGGACCGCCUGCUGUCCAAGGUACAGUUGGAGACAGCAAAUGCAGAGCAGAGACUGUCUGAGGCCACAGAGCGACUGCAGACUCUGCAGCUGAAUGUGACAUCACUCAGAGACAGGUCCCUGAACGUCUCACGGAGCUCGGAGCAGACCUCAGAGGACGCCGCCGCCAUCAGGGACAUCGCCAACAAAGUGCAAAAGGACCUGGACUCUGACAUUAAGGAUAAAUACUCUGCGGUGCAGAAGUUGGUGGAUGAAAAAGCAGAGGGUUUGUCAGAUGCAAAGAAGAGAGCGGUGUCUCUGCAGCAGGAGGCCAAGGAGCUGCUUCUACAGGCCUCCCUCAAACUGAGGCUGCUGAAAGAGCUGGAGAAGUCGUAUGAAGAUAACCAGAACACUCUGGAGCAGAAAGCAGAGCAGCUGCUGCAGCUGGAGUCAGAGGUGAAGGACCUUCUGCAGGGCAUCAGUAACAAAGUCACGGUCUACAGCACCUGCCUGCUGUAG